AUGAGGAGAGGCGGCGUCAGCCACCAGGGCAGGAGGGAGGCGAGGGCCUCCAAGCAGGUUCAGGCCCACAAGGAUGCAGUUCUUGACAGGAUGAACGCCGAACUUGCUGGCGCUCGGGAUAGAAUCAGCACGUUGGAGCGUCAGAACAAAGAGCUGUCGCAGGAGAAGCUGGAUUUGCACGCUAGUGUUGCUUCGUUUCGGGCCCUGAAUGAGAAACUCGGCGCAGAUCUGGCGGAGUUCAAGGCAGCCAGCCACAUUGGCAACCAGACCGUGGAGAGCCUUCGCGUCGAGAUCGCGCGGCUAACUGCAGAGCAGGCCUGA